AUGGCCGCCAAGAAGCUUGAUUAUGCUUGUUUUUGCUGCAUCGACAACUUUGCGAAGAAGAGCGCGAGAGACAUCACUGACAACCCGCAGCUCACCUGCGCACCAACCCCAAUGCCUGGGAAAUAUCAUGUCUCCCUCAUCCAGAGGACGCCGCUCCUAGCCAGGCGGCUAUUCUUUUGCCCAUCAUGCUCGCAGAUACGCCACCUCUCCUUCAGUAGUGGGCCAGCUCCCACGGCCAGAUCAACGAUCAAGCACUCAGCCUCGACUCUUUCGGGUUCAUCGAUUGUCAGUGCUACCAAAAAUAUUCCUGAGAGGUUCCAGGAGCUAUAUAAAGCUUUAGAGGAGCUUAAAAAUACUCCUGGUAACCAUGUGGAUUUGGGCAGAUUAGAAUUGGCGCAAAGAGGCAUUGAGACGGAGAACCCAUUGAUACGAAUUGCAGUGUUCGGUUUGGGCGGUACCCAGACUUCCGCAAGGCUUGUACGGCUACUACUUGCUGACCCGCUGGGCCCAAAAGAAGCAUGGGAAGACCAGCUUGACUCUCGUGCUAAUAAUGACUCUGGCAGUUUCCUUAUAAGAUACGGAGAUAAAUAUGAGGUAUCGCCAGGAAACAGCCUUCUGCCAACAGUCUCGAUACCAUCCAACUUGCUUCGGAAAGCAAAUCUAGAAAUCCUAAUGUCACCAUUAGGUACAAAUAUCAUCUCGUUAAAAGAGCCAAUUGCGAACUCCCUACAGAUUGCAACAAUAUCCAUUCCAUCCACAGACGGGAGCCCUGCCACACAUAUCCAAUACCCAGUACAUCGAUCAAUAAUAUGCGGUGACGGGAUCGAUGGCCUGUUUACGUUUGCCAAAUUAACUGGGAGGACAGAUACAGGUGAACUCGGUCCAGUAAAGGCAGUAUUCCAGGCACCGUUGAGCAAGAGUCCAGAGAACGGUAAUGGAUACGUUUCAUUUAUUGAUAUUGACCGUGCUGAAGUGGCGUUGGAUAAGUUCCGUGAGUCAGCCCAAAAUGCAACGGCUUACCAGGAAGGAUGGGACGGAAGCAGGAUUCAACCAAUUAUCGACUGGCUCGCGGCGGCUCCCACGGAUCAAACUGUGUCUCCUGACAUCCGGCAUCUGCUCGAUUCCGUGUUGAAUGAGGCAGAUACAAAAAUCAAGCAGCACGAAAAGAAAACAUUGGCCGAUGUGCAAGCGAGUUCUGUUCCCGAAGAGGUACGAGAAUCAUUGAAUGCCAUGAUCUCGGGAUGGGCGGAAAGGGCUCAUGAGGAGCUUCGGACUUCGUUAGACGAAGCUUUCAGGUGCAAGAGCUGGCAAAGUUUAGUAUGGUGGAAAUUGUUCUGGAGAGUUGAUGAUGUUCCCAUGAUAUGUUCCAGUCUGUUGCAAAAACAGUGGCUCACUCAGGCUGAGAAGGAGGCUCUAUGGAUUGGCGGACGAUUCCAGCAAGCCCGAUUGUUGGAAGACGAUUCUUCUGUGGGUAAAGAAAUAUGCACUCCGUCUACGGAAGAUGCAUCACCCGAAUCUCCACGCAGUGCUCCUGUGUUCACUCCAUGGCGGACACAAAUAACGGAAAGCCGAAACAAGCUCACAGCAUCCACUAUCAUGCCACUACAUUCUCUCGCACAGAGUCUAGUCAUGUUCAGCUUGUCAACUACUGGGUUGACUUCAGCACUAUCCGCUCUGACAUAUUUCUCCACCACCACUACUUCCCUUAGCGAGGCUGGAACCUUUGCUGCAGUGGGUUUAAUUUACUCGGUUUGGAGACAACAGAAAAAGUGGGACUUAGCCCGCAGGACCUGGGAAACAGACAUUCGUGAAGAAGGCCGAAAAGCGUUGAGGUAUACGGAAGAUUCCAUGAGAAUAGUAAUACGUGACGGAAACAGACCAGCGAUGCCGCCUACAGAAACUGAAGUUAAGGAAAGCAUAAAGAGGGCCAGAAAUGCCUUAUCAAAUGUAUUAUAG